AUGAGUGCUGCUAAACGGCGCUGUAAGAACAGAGAUAUCGUAUGUGAGAACGAUGAAAACCAGCAGGAGCACUUGGAAAUUGAGUCGGUCUUACUUCCUGGCUUGCCGGACCAUCUGGCUCAGCAUUGUCUUUCGACUCUUCAUCCUUCCUUGCUCUAUAAUGUGUGCAUGUCGUGGCGUCGCUUUCUUUAUUCUCCCUGCUUUCCUCCGUUUUUCUCUCUAUAUGCUCUCCUGCGUCCAAAUUCAGCAACGGCUCCGUUGGCCAACUGUGUCCAAGGCGACUGCCAAUCACACUCGGUGGCGUUCUUCUGCUUUGAACCGAUUUCAUCGAAAUGGAGAUCCCUCCCAAGCCCUCCAUCUGAUCCACCUCUCUGCCUCCUUCGUCGACAUCCCUCUUUCAUAUCGAGGAACCUCCCUGUACAAUCAAUAACGGCGUCAGGGCGUUUAGUUCUAUUAGCUGCCAACACUCAUGAGCUUCUCCCUGCACUCACUCGUCCAUUAGUCUUCGACCCUUUAUCCAGCAAGUGGAAUUUUGGACCUCCAUUUUCCGCUCCUAGGCGGUGGUGUGCCACCGGCUCAGUACAUGGUAUGGUAUACGUUGCAAGUGGCACAGGCGCACAGUUCCACAGUGAUGUGGCAAGGUCCCUUGAGAGAUGGGACAUGUCAAAGAGUGAAACAGGUUGGGAUUGGGAAAAGAUGGCGUCUCUGAGAGACGGAAGGUUCAGUAGAGAAGCCACCGAGGCGCUCGGUUAUAGAGGUAAACUUUACAUGGUAAAUGUAAACGGUAAAGCAGUAAAAGAAGGGGUUGUUUAUGAUGCUUUGAUGAAUCAAUGGGAAGCUAUGCCAAGGGGAAUGCUGCAGGGAUGGAACGGGCCAGCAACAGUGGAUGAUGACGUUAUGUAUGUUGUGGAUCAGGAGAAAGGUUCAUUGAGAAAGUACGAUGGAGAUAAUGAUCGUUGGGAAGAGAUGAUUGAGCCUUUAGAGCAUCUGAUAGGUGCUGAACAUAUAUCAGCCGGUCGUGGAAAAGUCUGCGCGGUUUCAGCAGACGGAGGGAAGAUUGUUGUGGUGGACAUUCUGACAAGACCACCUAAGGUUUGGAUGGUGAAUCCCCCACAAGGAAUGGAAGUUAUUGCUGUCCAUAUAUUACCAAGAAUGAUUCUUCCAGAUCACUGA